AUGGGAAGUCCGCAGCAGGUACCUCCUCAUGUUCAAAUUGUAAAAAGAUUUCGCCAUUGUCCAUUGAAUUUGGAGCCUGCUGGACGUGUUUCAAUUUUUUGCGCUAUAUUCCAAUGUGCUGUUGUCGAGAGAAAUUGCCGUACCAUUUUGAACACAAUCAAUUUUGCUAACGUCUAUCAACAAAUCGUCCAAGAAUUGUGUAGUUCUAGAGAAUCAAGUUUGCAACAUCUUAAAAGAGUUAGGUACGUACCUACUAAAGUGGAUUGUGGUGUUCAAGAAAAAUCCGAAGCUUCUUCAGCUACUAUAUCUAAUAUGAUGGACCAAUUUGAUUUAAUAUUAGCUGAUAAUAAUAAUUCACUGACACAACUAUCCAAUUUUAGUGAUUUUAGAAGAAACAUCGAAUUUAAUAAAUCAAGAAUAUUCUUACCACUCAAAUUUGAUUUUAUUCCUCCACGUUCGUUAUUAAAGGACAAUACAAUUGAAUGGGUGUAUUAUACAUUAAGUGAAGAUUUUGAUAAAUUUAAAAAAAUUGUAUUGAAUAAAAAUCAUAAUAUUUCCAAAACGAAAACAUUCAGGAGAUUGGUUUCUAUAGUAAGAAAGUUGCCAAAUCGUAUGUUUCAUGAAAAACACGAAGCCCUUUAUCGGUGCCAUAUUGAUAAAUUACAUAUUAUUCAACAUUUGCUUAAUACGUUUAUAGAAAAAAUAAAUAAAUCUAAAAACCAUAUCAUACAUUUUCUGGUAUUUUUGAACGUUUUAUUUCGUGAAUUUUUUGAUGUUGACGAGUUAUUAAAAAUACAGGUUUAUGAUAUGUUCAUAGAGUUUUCACACUUUAUUCGAAUAUGUUUGUUUUAUAAAAAUAAAGUAAAUAUGAAAUGGCUCCCUGAAGUAUGGAAUAAUUGUUUUUAUUACAGUUGUUUUUUAGUAGAGAAUAUUUUAUUUAAUAACAAUGGUAAAUUGUUUACUUUUGUGGAUUGGUCAACAGUGCCGGAUAUAAAAAGUUUGGUUAAAAUAUUAUUAUAUGACAACCAAAGGCGUUUAGCACAUAUAGCACAUAUAGAAUAUCUUGGAUACCACAACAAUUCGUUGAACAAAAUUCAUUAAACACAAUUGAACAUACAUUAUUGGAUUCAAAUAAUUAAAGUGAAGAACUUCCUAAAAAUAACAACACUAAUGCAGAGUAUUUGGAUAAGAAGAAGCAUGGAUACAGGAAUAGCUAUGUUAUGGAUACUGGUAUGUUCUCAACUUGGAUACAGUCGGCGCAGUCAAUACUUAUCAUGGAACAAUAAUCAUUUAGACAUUUAUUUCAUGAGAUAUGACGUAAGCCUGCACAAGCGUCUAGAGACAGAGAAUCCGAACGGCUGCAAGAUGGCCGACUUUGUUAUCAUUAUCAGCUAUCACAGAUUUUAUUCUCAGUUAUCACUAUUAUUAGAAAAAUGUGUAAUAUUGACAAUAUCCCUAUAGGUACAUCAAAAAAUAGUAUAAUAGUUAAUUAUUUAUGUAUUGUAAUUAAUUGAAUAUUAA